GUCACGAGUAACACAGUAUUUUUUUUUCUUAAUUGAAUCAGAUAUACAAUAUUGGUACAUAUACGUGUUCCGAAACUACAGAGUAUUAAAGCAACCGGAAAUUUUAAGAUCGUGUACAAGCUUUACGCGAUGAUUAUUUUCUUUUUGGUCACAAUAACAUUUUCUGCGACGUGUUUCCUGUACAAUUAUCAUUGAAUUGCAUGGUUGUCGCGCGGUAUUUAGGUUACUUUACUAUGUGUACCCAAGAAAAUCAAACGGUUAAAAGGGGAGUCGAUUACAAACAGAAGAUAAUUCAAUUGGACGAAAAACCAGUUAAGUUACAAAUAUGGGACACUGCCGGGCAAGAGCGUUUCCGAACACUGACUACGGCCUACUAUCGAGGCGCAAUGGGUAUAUUACUCGUUUAUGACGUCACAAAUUUGGAUUCAUUCGAUCAUUUGACGUAUUGGUUAAAGAAUAUUCAAGAGAACGCUUCGCCGGAUGUUAUUAAAGUUUUGGCAGGUAACAAAUGUGACAACGAGACAGUGAGAGCCGUAGACAAAGCAGACGGAGAAAAAAUAGCGGAAUGCUACGAUAUGCCGUUUUUUGAAGUCUCGUGUAAGAUGGACAUCAAUGUGGAAGAAGCGUUUCAGGCGUUGGCUAGAAUGAUCAAAGAACGUUCCAAAUAUUCGGGAGCGUUCGGGCUGAGAGACGAAACGCCCAGGGAAAAAUGUUCACCACUCUUCGAAAAAGCUUUUGCCGAAUCCACACGGAAGUGCAGUUCCUGUUAAUGACCAUAAAUUUAAUAAUAAUAAUCAUAAAAAUUUAGCUAUUUUUAUUUUCAUGAAAAAUCCUAAAGCCUAUUAUAAUAAUACACGUGUUGGCUUAUAUCGCGCCUAUAUCCGACGUCGAAAAAUUCAAUAAGCAUACUAAAUUGACGAAAGUUAUAAGUGGUUAAUAUUAUUAGUGAUUACUAUAAUAUAAAUAGUAAAUACAUAUAAUAUAAUACGCAUAAUAUUAUAACGUUAUUAUUAUAGUAUUGCAAUAAAUAUUUCUAAAUUAUA